GGGAAAGUAAGGGAGAAAGAGGACAACUCUGUGCACACUCCAGUACAAACAGACUAAGAAAGACAUUCUUGCGAGUGACACAGCUUUAGAGAAAUGGAUUUCAGGACUCUGCAAGCAAGUGUCAGCCUACUGCUCAUGCUCAUAGUCUGCUUAAAUUUCAUCACAGAUAAAAGGACUGCGGCUAUAUCCAUCCGAGAAAAAUGUCAGUGUAUUGAAAAGACUGGCUCUGUGAAAUGGAGAAAAAUCACAAACUACACAAUUAUAGAAAAGGAUCCUCUGUGCAACAAGGUUCAAAUCAUACUCUGGCUGUCAAGUAAACAAGUUUGUUUAAACCCAGAUUCCAAGCAGGGGAAAAGGCUGCAAAGAUGCUGGAAAAGGAUUAAAUCUAACACACAGCACAAGAAGGUCUGUUUGAAGCUCCAGAGGAAGAAAGGACCAAAAAGGCAAAAGAAGCAUUAGCAAUCCUUGCCUUUCCUGUGAAGAAAGGCUAUUUAUUACCUUUUGUCGUUGUCAUUUUGUCCAUUGUCAUUUAUGCUGCCUGUUCUUUAUGUGCACAAGAUAUAUGUAUAUUUAGAUGGCACAUGUAUAUAUUUUGUACUGUAAUUUUCUAAUAAAACAUGAUAACAUCCUGA